UUCCAAUCCGCAAAACCCUAGCAAUUUCACUCAUCUCAGUACUCUCCAUCUUACAGUUCUUCGUGUAUUUCUCGCUCACAGUACGAAGAACAGUGGAUAACAACAAUGGCGUCCAUCGAUCAAACAGUGUUGCAAUUUUCGCCAUCAUCAGCGAGCUUAUCGGCAAAAGUUCACCCUUUGGUCAUUUUCAACAUCUGCGAUUGCUUUGUGAGGCGGCCUGACCAAGCUGAGCGUAUCAUAGGCACUCUUCUAGGAUCUGUAUUGCCUGAUGGUACUGUUGACAUUCGGAAUUCUUAUGCCGUUCCACACAGCGAGUCUCAAGAUCAGGUUGCACUGGAUAUUGAUUACCAUCAUAACAUGUUAUCGUCUCAUCAGAAGGUGAAUCCGAAGGAAGUGAUUGUUGGAUGGUUUUCUACUGGUUUUGGAGUCUCUGGUGGCAGUGCUUUGAUCCAAGAGUUUUAUUCUAGAGAAACUUCAAAUCCUAUACAUUUGACUGUUGAUGCUGGAUUUCAAAAUGGGGAAGCUUCAAUAAAAGGCUUUGUCUCUGUGCAUUUGUCUCUCGGAGAUCAGCCACUUGCUGCUCAAUUCCAGGAAAUUCCAUUGGACCUACGUAUGGUUGAAGCUGAAAGGGUUGGAUUUGAUAUGCUCAAGACAACAACUGUGAACAAACUUCCCAAUGAUCUUGAAGGAAUGGAAGCAUCAAUGGAACGAUUACUUGCUCUUAUUGAUGAUGUCCACAAAUAUGUUGAUGAUGUCGUGGAAGGACGUCUACCCCAGGAUAACAAAACAGGAAGAUUCAUAGCUGAUACCGUGGCUACAAUUCCUAAACUCUCACCCCAAGCCUUUGAUAAGCUUGUGAAUGAUGGUCUUCAGGACCAAUUGGUUUUGCUGUAUUUGGCAAGCCUCACGAGAACUCAACUCAGCUUUGCAGAAAAGUUGAAUACCGCUGCUCAGAUCCUGUGAUUGAUGAUGAUUUCAUUCUCUUGUAAUGCAAGGCAGAUUUUUGACCGGGUGACUGAAGGGUCUGACUUUCAACCAAUCAAUCCUCUUGAUAGAUAAGGCCUCAUGGGUUUCAAGAACUAUAUGAUUGGCUAAGUAGUUUUACAUAUUCUCCUUUUGGACGUGGUGGGGUAAGGGUUGGACUAGAUGGACAAUAUGUAAUGCGAGAGAGACUCAGUGUACUCGAUAGUUUAGAGGUGAUAGGCGUAAGGAUACAACAAGUUUCCAUCUUUUUGUACUUGUCUUUCAUGGCAUUAAGCUUAAUAGUUGCUAAUUGAAAAUGCCCAGUACUUUUGACAGCUCCUGUUCGAAAUUUCUUUUCCAAACAGGAAAUAGUAAACUUAAUACAUAAAACUUUCUUGAA